CGCGCCGCUCGUGUGCUGUCGGCGGCUGCCGGUAUUGUCGGCCCGACUCGCCGCCGCCGCCAGUGGAGUACAACGGCAGAGAAGGUGAACAUCAGGCAGGAGUUCGCGUUGGGGUAAUUUUUUUCCAUCUUUAACAUCAUAGUUCGGCCACCGUCUUAACAACUAAAUGGCGGAACAAGUUGGCGAAAGGAGGACGGAACGGCCGCUGAAGCCCGUCGUACAAAAGCCGGUCAUAUGUAAGUACGCAACGGCGCCCGCGGGUCCGUCGACGACCCACGCACAGUGUGUUCGCCGCCAUUGAUUAUAUUCACGUGCUUUGUGUUGUGUGCGUAUCAAUUUCGUUUCGUUGAAACAUUCGACGUUUGUUACGACACCGUUGCGGCGGUAAUUUCGAGAUUUUCAAUGUUUAUUAACGCCGGCAAACGCGUCCGCGGUUUUACGCUCUAUUCCGACCGCCGACCGGUUUGUUUGUUGUUUUCGUUAUUUGCGCGCGACGUACGGUGCAGCGUAAUUGUACCCGGCGGCGCAGUGGUGGAGGCAGCGGCGCGGCGGCGGCGGCGGCAUGUGAAUAUUAUGUAAACACUGCCGUGCCGCCGCGCUGCGCCCGCUAAAAUCUCGUUGCGCGUUUGUUAUAUUGUAUUUUAUUAUUUUGUCAUAAUGAAAAUACAUCCGUGUCGGGCGUCCCGUCUGUUGUCGUUUCUUAAAACGAGAGUCGUAAAUCUGAAUAUCGUCGUGCGUGUUUUGUUCGAGCGAUGGCGACGGCCGUUUCGCCCGCUCGGUUGAUAUUAACCCCUUAAAUAAUAGCGCUUGAUCUAUCUGCUCGAUUUCCAUGAAAACCGGAUCACCGGCCCAGUGUCUGAACAUCGCGUUUGGACUUGCCCCAUUGAAUUUAUUUAAUACGUAUCAAUACAAAACGAUAAUUAUUUAACCGCAACGAAACGCAUUCGGCUUUGAUGGGUAUCUAGUGACAAGUCUACAUUUGUUCAUGAAUUAUUAUUGACCUUUGUUGUACGUGUGCGUGGUCUGUGUCAUAGUGUGUAAACUGUAUGGGUUUCAUAUUUUUCUGUUUCAGCUAUGAAAGUGACUGGUGUAGUCAAGUGGUUCAACGUCAAAAGUGGCUAUGGUUUUAUCAACCGGUGAGUUGUUGACAUUCAAAUAAACUCCCCAACCAACACUUUUUUAAAUAAUACUAUUUAAUUUUUUUUUUUUUAAUUAUGAAGUUUUAUUACUAGCUUUGUAACUAUUUUAUGAAAAAUUUGAUUUUACUUUUAUUUAUGUACAUAGGCACCUAGGUAGUACAUAGGUAAAUUUGUAAUUAUUUGACAAAGAAAAAUUCUAUAAGUACAUCUUAUAAGUUAUUUCAAAUGAGUCAUCGAAGGUUAUUUUAAAAAUUCACAACAUUGGGAUUGGAAACAAAUGGGACGAAUUUAACAUAAUUUCACUUUUAUUUUAUGUUUAUAAAAUGUUAAUAAAUAUUGAAUUUGACCAAAUUUAACCCUUUGAUAAAUGAAAUGUUUAUCCCUAUGGAUUUAAAAUUAAAUUAUUGUUAUGAAAUAAUUACAAAAGUUUUACAUAGAGCAAAGUAUCAACAAUGUGUUGUUUUCCUUUUUUAAUAGUGAAGACCUUGAAAUUUCCUCUGCUUUUUUUAUAGCCAAAAGAUAGCACCACAUUUUAUUUAUGUUUCUGACUAUAAAACAGUACUAAAUAUAAAUAUCUAUGUAUAUAUAUUUUGUUGCAAUCCUUUAAGGUUUUAGCAGUUUCUCUUCAUUAAAUUCUGUCUAAAUAAUCCUCUAAUUUUAUUGAUUUAUCAACUAUUUUAUGUCCUGCUUCACUCUGUCUAGCUUUCAUUGUUCACACCUUCCUUUUGGCCAUUUCCUGAAUAAAGUUUCAAUAUUUUUUAAAUGAGCUCUGUUACCUUAAAACUUGCCCUGUCCACUUAAGCCAUUUGGCAUAAAAUAAAUUUGUACUAUUUGUAUUGUGGUUCUAGACCUGUAUUUUUCCUAUUGCAGCAUUUUUCUUUUAAAGAUAAAUCAUUUUUCCUCACUAUUUAUAAAUUAAUUUUAUUACAACAAAGAAGAUUCUAACUUGGUAUAUUUUUUGUUUGACUGUUAACUUUAAAAUUUUAUAUUUUUAGGGUAAAAUAUAAUAUAUAUAUAUAUAUAUAUAUAUAUAAAUAUAUUUAUAUUUAUUGAUAUAUCUAAUUAUAAUCACGCUUUUUAUGUUAUUUUUUAGUAAUGAUACAAAAGAAGAUAUAUUUGUCCACCAGGUAAAAUUAUUAUUAUUUUAUAUCCUUCUGUACCUAGUUAUAAUCUUAUAAUUAUGAUUAAUUUACUUUAAGAAAGAACAUUAAUUUAUUAAAAAUCAAGUUAUAUAUAUUAUGCAUAUUUACCGCACUUUCUAGGAACAAAGAAAAGUCUGGGAAACUUCAUAAUAUUUUAAGAAAUAUUAUUUCUAAAGUAUAAAUUCAUAGUACAAUGGGACUGUUAAUGAAAAUGAAGUUGACAGGCAGUAUUUGAAACCCCUAAAAACCUUUAUGGUUACUAGUAUUACCCCAUUGAUCUAAUUAGUAAUAUAAGUUUUUAUUUGACAUACACUAUUUAUGUUUGUGUUUUUACCCUUUGAAGUAUGGUGGUAAAAGAAUAUAAUAAUUUUCAAAAAAAUUUCAGAUUCUUGCAUGGUAUAUAUUUUUAUUGUCACCUUCAUAAUCGUGUUAAAUAUGGCAGCACUGUCAAAAUUAUCCAUUGUCUUUCAAUCAGCCAGAUGUGUUGAUAAUCAGUUACCAUUUGUUUGUGUAGAAGAAAUUAUCAUAAAAUUCUGGUCUUCAAAGGUUUUUAACAAACUUGUUAUUUAAAAAUUGAACAAUUUAAAUUUUUUUUCUUGAGAAACCUUGGUUAUUAAUAAUGUUAAGAUAUUUAUUUUUCUGUUGAACCAUAAAAAAAAGUGGAUUUUUUUCUGGAUAGAACUUCCUUUGAAAUUCUCAAUUUUCUUACUAAAAAAUUUCAUUAUUUUUUUCAUCUUUUUUACUUGAGUAAUUAAGUUUUGGUUAGUAAAAAUUCUCCAAAUUAUUAAAAAAUUGAUGUUAAUUUGUUGUUUUUCAUUUUUAUAUUUCCAUACAUUUUAAAAUGUUCAAUGCAUAAGUUUAAUUUUGUUUUCUCUCAGAAUUAUUUUUGAUUGUAAUAUUUAUUGUUACAUUCAUUAUAUAAUUUAAAUUACUCCAUAAUAUCCUAUGUCUUAUCAAAUUAUAAAACUACUACAGUGGUACAAAGUAAAUCUUUUUAUUUAUUUUAAUUUUGUUUAAGAAUAUAAUUUUAAAUUGUAGGUAUCUACUAAAAAAAAAAAAAAAUCCUAUUGUGUGUAAUCUACUCGUAAUAAUUUUAAGACAUGUUUUUAGAAACACUGUAAAAUGAGGUAAAUAAGAAAAAUAGAUUUUCAAAUUGAUAAUUGAAAAUAAUUGAAUAGUUGACGGUUGGUUAUCUUUGUGAUGACAAUGUAAUUUGUUCUAAACAUUGUGUUAUUUAUUAUUUUAUUUUUUGUUACUCCAUUAUCUUAUCAUUGAUCAGAUAUUAUCUAUUGCAUAACAUAAAAUAAUUUUCUAUUUAUUCAAAUAUGAAAAUUUAUAAAAAUACAUGGUGCUUUCCGAUUCUCUUAAUUUAAGUGAGAAUAGUAAAGAGUUAAAAAGAAAACCAAAUGAUCUAAGUUCAUGUAUUAUCCAAAACUGUUAAAAAAAAAAUUUUAACUUAGAAAGUGGUGUUUUUAUCAUUGAAAAACCAUUUUAGCCGUUGUUAUUCAUCUUAUUUUACUGUAACGUAACUUUUAAAUUUGAUUCCCAACCUAUGGUUCAUGAGGUUAUACCUACAAAAUUGAGUGGUUUUCUGAGUUUAUUACGUUAUUUAUUUAUAAAUGUAUCUUACCUAAAGUAACUUGUGUUAUUAUUACUCGUUGAAUACAAUAAAAGAACAAAUAAAAAAUAGAAAAAACAAAUGGACAUACUUAGCACAAUAUGUGUGCCACUGUUGUAGGUGUGAAUUUGGGAAGGUAGAGGAGAAAUUUAAUAUUUAUCUUGAGUGAAAAUUAAUCUUUGCUAACGAAAAACUAUUCUGAGUGUUCUUCAGUUCUACAUGUUAUGAAAAGCCAUAAUAUUUACGAUUUAAAAUAAUACAUUUUGUACAUUUUUCUGGUUUUUUCCAUUUAUUUUAAAAAACCCUGGGAAAAUCAAAAAAAUACCACCCCAGUCAGAUUUCCUUUCAGUAAAAGAACUACACUUUGAAAAAUGUAGGAAAAUUGUUAUUAGAAAAGUUGAUCAAAAAAUGACCUCCAGAGGUAUCAACUAGACAAAAUUUCCUUUCAAAAAAGUUCGUAUUCUCAAUAAAUCAGAGCAAGAUAUCUUUUUAAAAAGUUUUUUACAGAAAAAAUAAACAUUGAAAAACUCUUGCUUUGUUCAGAAUCUAAAAGGUUAUUAGCAAAUCGUGGUGGUUUCUGCAGCCUAUUAAAAGGUAUCUAUUUAAUCAUUUAUCUCAAAAAGAUUGGGAUUUAUAUAUUAAGAUAUACAAAAUUCCCCGGUUACAAUACUGUAGUUUGUUAGGCAAUAAAAUAAAAAUAAUUUUGAUAGAUAGUUACGUAAUAAAUACCUAAGUUUUUAUGUACAUUUUGGAGUGCAUAAUAGAGUCUAUUGUUGGUAAAUUGCAUACUGAAUAUUAAUAGAUUCUUUUAAUAAAAAAAUAUCUUGAUGCAUACUGUUUUAUUAUUUCAGUCUGCUAUAAUCAAGAACAACCCCAAAAAAAUUGUACGCAGUGUUGGUGAUGGAGAGACAGUAGAAUUUGACGUUGUUGAAGGAGAAAAAGGUCAUGAGGCAGCUAAUGUUACUGGGCCAGAUGGUGAAGCUGUGAAAGGAUCUCCUUAUGCUGCUGAAAAAAGGAGAGGUAACUAUCGUCAGUGGUUUUAUGGACGUCGUCCUAAUUACCGCCGAGGAAAUGGUGGCCCACCUCCAAGAAAUGGUAGUCCGAGUGGUGUGUAUUUAUAUUCUUACUAUUUUUACUGUAUUGAAUGUAAACUGGUUUCAAUGUUAAUAUUAUUUUUAUUGAAUGAUAUGGAAUCAGGUGACAGAGAAGAGGGUGAUAAUGAAGUCGGGGAACAGGCUAGACGUUACCGCCAACCGCGUCAGCAGAAUUGGUAUAACAGCUAUCGUGGAAACCGAAGAGGUCCACCUCAAAAUAGAGGGGAGGGUGGUGAUUAUAAUGUAAGAAUUUUACUAUAAAUUCAUGAUGAUUUCUUAAAUAUUUUAUAUUCAAAGUAAAAUUAAAAAUUGUUAAAUUUUAAUUUUUACUUAUCCAUUUUAGGGUGGUGGAGAUAAUUAUGGAUACGACAGUUCACCUCCGGGUAGAGGCAGAGGUCGUGGUAUGGGUGCUCCCAGACGUUUCUUUAGACGCAGUGGUGGAUUUAGGGGUAGCCGUGGUAGUGGUGGUCCACCCAGAAGACCAUAUCAAGAUGAUAAUCAGGUAAAAUAAUAUCAAUUUUUUUUUUACAAGAAGAAUUUGAUUUUUUUUAAUUAUGAUGUUAAAUAUACAUUUAUACUAAAUUAAACUGCUGUUUUUAAAUUAUAUAUCAAAAAUUUAAUAAUAUUACAAAUUUCAAACUUAUUAUCUUAUUCAUCACUUAUGUUUGUAAGAAAUGUCAAUAAAAAUUAAAUUAAAUUGUAUUUGAUUAUAUUGAAGUAUAUAUUAUUAGGACAAUGAUUAUAACCAAAGUGAUGAAAAUGGUGGAAUCCGACCCCGCCCCCGCUAUCGUCGCCGUAAUCAUCGCUCUGGAGCACGAAGUGAUGGUCCUCCAAGAGCUAACAGCCAAAGUGACAACGAAUCCAAACAAAAGGUAAUUUAAAGUAUAUUUAUUAAAUUAUUAAAUAAGUUUAAAAUAUAUAUUUAUAAUUUUAUUUUGCUUGUAAAUAUUGUGUAGUGUUAAGGAUUUGAGGAUUUUUAGUAUGUUUUAGAUAUGAUAACAACAAUAAUAACAAUUAGUCUAUUGGUGGCAAGUUUUUCUUUGUAGAAUGAUUAUAUCAUAUCUAAAACAUAUAAUCAUUCUACAAAGAAAAACUUGCCACCAAUAGACUAAUUGUUAUUAUGUUAAAUAUUUUAUUAUUAUUGCACUCAUUUUUAAUCACAUAUGCGUUAACACAUUUUUAUUUAAUUUUUAGAAUUUUGGAGGUGAAGCGUUGGAACAGGAUGACAGUAGCCAUGCUUAAACAUCAGAUUAUUUUGCGAACAGUAUAUUUAUCAUAGAAUCAUGUUUUAAUUUUCUCUUACGCAUUUGUGUUUUCAUGUAUUUAAUCUCGGACGUUUUAUUUGUUCCACUCGCCACGAUUAUGACUUCUAUAAGUUAUAUAAUAAUCAAUUUGGUUUUUUUGAUUGCCUACAUCUUUUGAUAUGUAUUAACUCUUCUAUAACAAUCCAAACACGACCUGGAGUUGUUAGUUAUCUUGCUUGAUCUUGAUCUGUAAAUCAUACAUCUUUAAAGUAUUUUGCAUGAUAAUUUUUCCUAUUUACUUUUUUUUAUAAUUAUCACAAAAGAAAAACAAUUUUUUUUUAUGAAACAUAAAUGUGUUAAAUACAUUAAAAAUAUUGAAUAAUACUAUAUUUUAGACAAGCAAUGUGUGCAUGAGUUAAACGGAGGAAACGAAAUAUAUAUUUAUGUAAUUUCGUAUUUAUAUAUUAGAAUUGAGUUAUUAUUAUAUCAAACCUUAUUAUUUAUUCUAACAAAAAAAAAAGUGAUCUAAAAAAAAAUUAAAGGUAUGUGCAAUUUAUACCUUCAAUUAAGUUAUUGUAUUGCAGUACACAUAUCAAUAAAUUAUUUUCAUAUUAGUUGUAUAAACAUUUUUAAUGUGUUUAAGGAAUUAAAUAACAGUAUUUUUUUAGUUUAGCUUUAAUAAAAAUGUAUAUUUCAAAUUUUCAAUAAUAUAUA